GCGUCGACCGCCUUGACGGCAACAUGCUGAUGAGUGCCGCCGUUGCCCAGAGGCUUGGGCUCUACAAGAUGGGCGAGCGGUUCUAUGCCCCUGCCCAAAUCCGGGCUUUUCUGCCUUUCAACGGCGCAGCUGGAUUGGAGACGCUCCUGGUCAAGGGCAUGGUGCACAUCAGCAACCAGCUAUGUCGAGACGAGUUCCGC